CCGGACGCGCUGUGGCCUGGCGGCGGGGAGAACUUCAUUCGCCUGACCUGGCCCAGACUGACCCUGUCCGGACGCACCAUGUUCGCGCGUGGGUCGCGGAGGCGCCGCUCUGGGCGUGCGCCUCCAGAGGCAGAAGAUCCAGACCGAGGCCAACCUUGCAACUCCUGUAGGGAACAGUGCCCAGGCUUCCUGCUGCAUGGCUGGAGAAAGAUCUGUCAACAUUGCAAAUGCCCACGAGAGGAGCAUGCCGUGCAUGCUGUGCCUGUGGACUUGGAACGCAUCAUGUGUCGGCUGAUCUCUGACUUCCAGCGUCACUCCAUCUCAGAUGAUGAUUCAGGCUGUGCCUCCGAGGAGUAUGCCUGGGUGCCCCCAGGCCUUAAACCUGAGCAGGUGUACCAGUUUUUCAGCUGCCUUCCAGAAGACAAGGUCCCCUAUGUCAACAGUCCAGGAGAGAAAUACAGGAUCAAGCAGCUGCUGCACCAGCUGCCCCCACAUGACAGUGAGGCACAAUAUUGCACAGCUCUGGAAGAGGAGGAGAAGAAAGAGCUCAGAGCCUUCAGCCAGCAACGGAAGCGGGAGAAUCUGGGGCGUGGCACCGUACGCAUCUUCCCAGUGACCAUCACUGGGGCCAUCUGUGAAGAGUGCGGGAAGCAGAUCGGAGGUGGGGACAUUGCAGUGUUUGCCAGUCGUGCAGGCCUGGGAGCUUGUUGGCACCCACAGUGCUUUGUGUGCACUACGUGCCGGGAGCUGCUUGUUGACCUCAUCUACUUCUAUCAUGCUGGCAAAGUCUACUGUGGGCGGCACCAUGCUGAAUGCCUGCGCCCUCGCUGCCAAGCCUGUGAUGAGAUCAUCUUCUCCCCGGAGUGCACGGAGGCUGAGGGCCGGCAUUGGCACAUGGGUCACUUCUGCUGUUUCGAGUGUGAAGCUUCGCUUGGAGGGCAGCGCUAUGUCAUGCGUCAAAGCCGGCCCCACUGCUGUGCCUGCUAUGAAGCCCGCCAUGCUGAGUACUGUGAUGGCUGUGGAGAGCACAUUGGCUUGGACCAGGGCCAGAUGGCCUAUGAGGGCCAGCAUUGGCAUGCCUCAGAUCGCUGCUUCUGCUGUAGUAGCUGUGGUCGAGCCCUGCUGGGUCGCCCCUUCCUGCCACGCCGUGGUCUAAUCUUCUGCUCUCGAGCCUGCAGCCUUGGGUCAGAGACCACUGCUCCAGGAUCAGGCCGGCGCAGCUGGAGUGCAGGCACAGUCACCGCACCGCUCACUGGGUCCACUGCCUCUUUCCCAGUUGAGGAGGGGGCGUCAGAGACCGCUACCAAAGGCACCAGUACUGAGGCCACUCCUGCUGUAGGCCAUGAGGAGCCCCCUAGAUUUCUGAGAGGGGCCCCACACCGACACUCCAUGCCUGAGCUGGGGCUUCGAAGCCCUCCAGAACCACCGAUGGAGACCCCAGGACAACCUGACCAAUGCCCGGAGGAUAGUACCUUUGGUCGUCAAAGCACACAGCGUGUCAGCUUCCGAGAUCCUCUGGUGUCUGAGGGAGGUCCACGGAGGACCCUGAGUGCACCCCCAGCCCAGCGCCGCAGGCCACGUAGUCCCCCACCCAGGGCUCCCACCCGACAUCACCGCCACCACCGCCACCAUCAUCACCACCACCACCAUCCAAGCAGACGUCGCCAUCGUCGUCGAUGUGAUUUGGGAUCAGGAUCAGACUCGGGAUCUUGCUCUAGCUCGCCCUCCAGCCCCAGUUCCGAAUCCUCUGAGGAUGAUGGUCUCUUCCUAGGGGAACGCAUCCCACUGCCCCCACACCUGUGCAGGCCCAAGGCUACUCAAGACACUGCGGCUGGCACCUUCAACUCCCCAGCCCCACCACUCUCAGGAGAUUCUGGCCCAGGGAUGAUUCGCCAGGCCAGAGACAAGAACUGCAUUGUUGCCUGAAUGCAGUCAAUCCUGGAGGAAGCUCCAUUCUCCAGUCAGCAUAGAUGAUGACUAAGUCAUAAAUGCCAUCCUACCUCCCCCUUUCCUGCCACCUCUACUCCCCUCCCUUUAAUUUGCAGGCACAGGAGCUUAAACUCAGUGGCAAGGCACUGUUCCUUAGCUUUUUGUGCUCAA